GACAUCUGAUAGGUGAAUUUAUUGAACCAUUAUGGAAGCAUGUGUUAUCAGAUAACACGCGGAUGAAUCUUUUUUUGUUUUCUGUUCUGAUUUCUGUUUGAAAACAAUUUAUGAGUUAGAAAUAAAACUACCAAAAAACUUUGUAAUUAGUAGUUUUAAAAAGAAGCAAGUGGGGAUUUCAUACGGGGCUAGAAUGGCGAAUUCGUUUGAAGCCUUGCACGUUGAUCCCAAAAUGUUCAAGGACACAACUCCCUUCACAGAUGAAGGUCAGAAAUUGACCCUCUCCUGGCUCAACCUCAGCUACAAGGUCAAGUUCGGAGGGGGCUACAAGUACUUAGUGCAGGACUUGAGUGGGAUAGUGAGGCCUGGGGAGACUCUGGCCAUCAUGGGACCCUCUGGGGCUGGAAAGACCAGUCUGAUGAAUCUGCUGGCCAACCGGAUCAAGAGCGGAGUCACUGAGGGGGAGAUACUGGUGAAUGGGAAAGCGAGAAGCAAGGACUUCACGUUCCAGGCGUCGUAUGUGGCGCAAGAGAACCUGUUCCUGGAGAUAUUCAGUGUGCGGGAGAGUCUGGAAUUUGCGGCCAACCUGACCAUGCCGUCCUCCUCCACCAAGAAGGAGAAGGAGGCCAAGAUAGACGAGGUCGUCAAGAUCAUGGGACUGCAGUCGUGCGAGAACACCAUGGUAGGCGGUGGCUUCUACCGGGGUCUCUCCGGUGGUCAGAUGAAGAGACUGGGCAUAGCUGUCACUCUCCUCUCAGGCGCCUCCAUCCUGUUUCUGGAUGAGCCCACUUCCAAACUAGACAGUGCAGCCGCAUUCAAUGUAGUCCAGACUAUACAACAACUGGCAGAUCAAGGGAAGACAGUAAUCUUCAGCAUCCAUCAACCAUCUUCGGAACUGUUCGCAUCCUUAGACAAACUUACCAUUAUUACCAUGGGACAAAUAGUAUACUUCGGAGAAGCAAAGGAAUCACUAGACUAUUUCUCUAACUUGGGCUUCCCUUGUCCGAAAUACACAAACCCUGCUGAUCACUUUAUCAGCCUCGUCAACCCCGAUUUCGGACAUUUCCCUAAUAUAGACAAGAUCAUUUCAAGUUACAACGACUCGAAAUUGGUUCAACGAAUAGAAUCUGAACACCAAGAACUUACUGAAAUCCCUCAAGCACUUAUCAACAAAAACAGAGCAUCCUUUCUGACGCAAUUUGCACUUUUGUUCGAAAGAAAUGGCAGAAAUACAGUAUUCAACCCGAAAGUGUUCAGAGCCCGACUUUUUUCGAACUGCUUAUUUGGGUUUUUGUUCAGUUCUCUUUAUAGCUUGACACCUAGGGGCGAGGUACCUGCCUUUGCUAUUACUGCUUUAUUUUUCACAAUUAUGAACCAAUUUGGAACCCAGACCUUAGCAGCUCUCCCUUUUUUUCUCGCGCUCCGCCCAAUUUUCGUGCGCGAACGAUCCAAUGGAAUGUAUAGUGUGCUACCAUUCCAACUUGCUAACUUUAUAGCCACAGUUCCGACCUUAGCCAUUUACAGUCUAGCCGCAACUUCCAUUUUUCAUACCUGGCUCGGACUAGCUGGAAGUUAUUACUGGUUUUGGCUCACAGCUUUUUGCUUAUUACUCUGCACCGAAUCCGUAAUGCACAUUCUAAGCGCUGUCACCCCUUAUUACGUGGUAGCAUACAGCAUAGCUGCACUUUAUAUCAUCUUUUUUACUUGUACGGCCGGAUAUCUGGUUCCCACAAACCAGUUGAUUUACAUUUUACAAUACAGCUCCUAUGCCUCUUUUUUCGUGUACUCAUUCCAAAACUUCAUCUAUAACGAGUUCAAGGACACGCCUAAAAACUACGACGUGUUAAUCAGUUAUUCCGCUGAAGAUGUUGACAUGGAGUUGAACUUGCUAAUAAUGGGCGGUUUUGUCGUGGUGCUUCAAUUUAUUUUCUUUCUAUUGCUUUUCUUUUUCAAUACAGGAAAGCAAUGAAGAAAAUUAUAUGAUCUUCUACUUAAAUAUAUAUUUUUUUCAAAUCGAUCGUCUAUUUAUUUCUAUAUUCUAUGUAUUUUUAUGUUAUGUUGCUUUACAGUAAAAAUAAUUUCACUUCAAAUGAUGUCGUUUUUCGAUUGACUGAGUUAGCACCAUGGAUUUGCUUCCUGAGGAAAACAUUCUGUCCGUAGCUAAAAACAUUCGUCUUUCGAUUAAACUGUAUAACUAUUUUGUACUCAAGAAACCUUGAGCAACCUGUAUAGAAGCUAUUAAGCAAUGCUUUAACAUGGUGGCCAGUCAAAAAGCAGAAUGGUCUAAGAGCAAAAUGGGUCCAAGAAC